AUGGUGGCAAGAUGUGAUGGGAGGGUGUUGUCUAUUGUCUUCAGCACGCUGCUAUUGGGACGAGCUAUAGCAGCACGAGGUCACACAGAAGUGCGAGUGGAACUUCAAAUGGAGCGAUGGGCGGCUCGCGGAGGUUCAGUGCGGCUUCGUUGCGUCCACGACGUGCCUCCACACCUCCUGGAUAAGGUGGUCUUCCUCAGACACGGCACCAAGAUCUUCCAGUAUAUUAGAGACAGAAAACCACCUUAUAGAAACUUCACCACUCCUGGUGCUGUACUUAACGUCGCCUUGGCAACUGAAAACUCAAUCAUCCUUCAGAACCUGGACUUUGCGGCAAGUGGCAGCUAUUCCUGUGAAGUAUCUCUGGACACUCCUAUCUACACAAAAGCCUCUACGGAAAAGCAACUUACCGUGUUCCAUCCACAAAAGCAUCACCCGAGAAUCGACUUCCCGACCCGUUUCCUCAACUUCGGCGAGACCCUGCGUGCCAACUGUACUACAGCGCCUUCGUUACCGGCUCCGCACAUCACUUGGUUUAUUAAUGGCAAAAAGAUGGACGAACUUUUAGCAAACUCGCACAAAUACAGGGUGUCCAUGAAUGAAAGAAGUUGGGGCGCAAGAAGGGGCUUACAGGCUUCCGAGCAAAAAAAUCUGACUUCAGAAUUACCAGUACUUACCCUAUCGCAUAUUUCCCACGUCGCAACGAGACCACCCGGUUGCAGUCAAAAAGAUAAAGAGAAAGAAGGCUUAUCAAAAAACGAAGAUAACAGCAUCCAUGGACCAAGUAGACAUAAGACGAGGAGGCCAAGUAGAGGCAAAGAAUUGUACAUAACAGUGUCAGAACUCCAGCUGGUUGCGACUGGACGGUUGGAAGUCACGUGCGUCAGCACUAUACCGGAAUUCCGAAAUAUUGAAGACAAAUUUGCUGAUGUAAAGAACGAAACUGUUAUAGUGGAUGUAAUAAGACCAAGUCAAGCUGAAAUAGCAGCAAAUCUCACAACUGGAGAGAGCACUUCGAAGGCCACGAAACCUCUUAUAUCUAUUACGCACAUUAUAUAUUACAUAUUUGUUUUAUAUCUCAUUUGA